AACUAAGUUCAUAUGACAAUUCAACAUCCGGACUUAAGCUGUCAAAGGUGAGACGAGGCAUCGCGAUUGUGAUAAUCUAGACGUCGCUGCGCCUCUACGCCCCAAGACAACACAAAACUGUUUGAGAUUUCAGUCGGUGAACAUGUCAGCCGGAUCGAAGUCAAUUUUCCUGCUGCUCUUACUGCUGCCCAGUGAGUGGAGCAAUGCGGUGGCAACGGGCGGGGAGGGCGUUACGGCGCAGGCGCACUACGAUCACACACGCAUCUACUACAUGGAGCUGGGCAACGAGCAGCACGUGGAACUCUUCCAAAGGCUCGAGAAGAGCGACUCGUACUUCUUUAUGGGCAGCGUACGCGUGCCGGGUCAGAAGCUAACCGUGAUGGUGAUUGGCCACAAAGUGGCCGAUUUCGAUGACCUCCUGCAUAGAUACAAUGUGACCCAUCACAUACUGAACUACAAUUUUCAGGCCGAGAUCGAUGCCAACUACAGGGAGGUGCUGCCCACGUCCACGCCAGUCACACAGUUCGAUUGGCAACACUACUUUCAACUCGACACCAUUUACGACUGGCUGGAGCACGUGGCUCGCCAGUCGCCGGAGAUUGUGACAGUGCUGGACAUGGGCAGCAGCACUGAGGGCGUCCCAAUAAAGGGCGUGCGCAUUUCGUAUCCGCAGGAAGCGAGCAGUGCGCCCAGGACCAGCGUGUUCAUAGAAAGUGGAAUACACGCGCGUGAAUGGAUUGCACCCGCCACGGCCACCUACUUCAUAAACGAGCUGCUCCACUCCAGCGAUCCGACAGUGCAGGCUCUGGCGCGCUCUCAAAACUGGCUGAUCUUUCCCUGCAUCAAUCCCGAUGGCUAUAAAUAUACCUUCAACGGUGAUCGGAUGUGGCGCAAGAGCCGCGCGCCCCAUGGUGUCUGUCGAGGUGUCGACUUGAAUCGUAACUAUCCGAUGCGCUGGAAUACCACAGGCACCAGCGGCGAUCCCUGCAGCACUUUCUACUCCGGACCAUCGGCUGGCAGCGAAGUGGAGACCCAACGUGUGAUGCGAUUUGUCGAGAAACUUGUCCGAACGGAAAACCUACGCACCUACAUUGCACUGCACUCCUACUCCCAGCUCCUCAUGUUCCCCUACAGCUCAACGCCAGAGCGGGUGCACAACUACGAUGAUCUGACGGCCAUUGGUAAGAAGGCGGUAGCGAAGAUCAAAUCGCUAACUGGACGCAUUUACAAAAGUGGCAGCAUCUAUGAAACCAUUUAUCCAUCCAGUGGCGGCUCCAAGGACUGGGCGCAUGGCGAGCUCAAGCUGAACAUAACAUUUACUUUUGAGCUACGCGGUCCACCCGACAGUGAGGUGCUCUUCAUAUUGCCAGCGCGAGAGAUUGAGCCCACGGCUCGGGAAGCCUUCGGAGCAGUGCAAACGAUUGUGGAGGAGGCUGCCAAGCGUGGUUACUACAACUGAGCCAACACAGUCCGCACUCGAUAUGGCUAACUCUGGAGAAAAUAUGUGUGGUAGAAAUCAGACUUAUCAAUAAAUAGAAAUCAGCCUCGAUUCAAUUAAUUAUACACUUA